AUGCCGAACUUUCCCUUGCCGAAGAAGGGCAAGCGCAGGGCGGCCAGCCAGAACCAGUCGGUGAAGAAGGUAAAGAAGCGCAUACCCUACGUGAGGCACGGGAUCCGCACAGUAAAAUCUCGGAACGAGAGGAUGAAGUGGCGCGCGGGGCUGUCCGACUUCAUGAACAAGGGGCAGAAGCACGUCAUCGACGUGCUCAAGAAGCACGGCCACUUGCCAGAGUGGGCGGGGGCCAACUGCCCGCUCUGCACCAAGGGCACCCUCGGCAAGCUUCAAAAGUGGUCUGAUAAGCAGGGCGGAUGGGGCCACAGGUGCAACCACAGUGGGUGCCAUCGGCACGUCUUGCCGCGCGCGUUUCACCCGAUCUUCGUGGCAGGCACAGGGCAAUCGCACGCGCCCCUGCGAGAUCAGGCGUCCGCCUUAUUCUCGGCCGUGGCGGGGGCCUCGCAGGUGUGCACUGGGCGCCUCGUCCAGAAUAAUCACAAGAUGGUCGAAGGCAUAUGCGGGCGCCUGUAUGCGGCCAGGGAGAGAUACGUCGCGGCGAAAGAGAAGUCCAUCCAGUUCGGCCAGGGCGAGGCCUGGAAGGACAUCGAGGCCGACGAGGUGGACCUCGCGAAAAAGGUGUCCGAGGACGGCGGCUCCAGCCCUGUCGACUGGGAGCAGUGGGGCGGGAUCUUGGAGAGAGGCGCUCCAGACGCGCUCGUGCUCUUUAGGCUGAGGCCCGUGAAGACGAAGAAGAGGGCGCCAGGCCCAGGGGCCAUUCGCAAGCGGGACGGGAUGCCCGCGGCGAAGAAGUGGCUCAAGGGCCGCCGCGUCAUUCUGCACGCGGACGGCGCCAAGAGUUACAGGGUCAAGUUGGACGGCGUGAAGCACGACUACGUCGUCCAUUGCCGCAAGCGCGUCAAUGUCAACGGGAAGCGCAUCUGGGCGAGGCCGAAGUACGCCAAGCCCCGCUUCCACAACAUUGCCGAGGACGGCGCGCCCACACAGAAAUUGUGGGUGAUGGCUGGGACGCAGGUAAUCGACCGCUGCUGGCACGGUCUCCGCAAGCACCUCGGCAGCGUCAAGGUCGUGAAUACAAAGCUUCUCCGCCAGAAGAUCCGUUCGUUCCAGUGGGAAUACUGGAACCGCGGUGCCGACUACUGGCAGCGCACGGGGGACAUGCUGAUCGACUUGUGGCACAAGGACUUCGGUAAAUGA